AUGGCUUCCCCGCAGAAUACCUUUGAAGUCAUGAACUCGAUAUCCCCGCUACAUAUGUCCAAUGGACGCGAUGAAUCAUUCGCGAGAUCGUCGCCAUCGAAUGAUGACGCUCCGGGCGAAAGCGAGUCCGAACUGUCCGAUGUUGGUAACCCUACCGUCGACGAACCCUCGCCGGCCCCCUCAAACCACCAACCCGAGUUUGGUGCUCAAGAUUCCGAUGCCUCUGAAGACUCGUCGCCUGAAGAUCAGGAGCAAUUCGAUGAUGCAGACUUUGAUGAAGAAGAUACUCCUGCAGCAGCAGCUUUCAAUGGCCAACGAUCGGAGCGUUCGAGUACUGUCGAGUCAUCGCGUCCUGCUAAACGCAAGUCAGGAGGCAUGGAUCAAGAUCGGUACAUGCUAGAGAAUCCCGAACUAUACGGCUUACGAAGAAGCGCGCGUCCAGUACAAACUCGGACUAUUGUCGAGUCUGAUGAUGAGGAGGAAGAGGAGGAUUCCGAUGCCGUUGCAGUUCAUAGAAAUAAGCGUAGGAAGCCAGAGCGUUCCCAACAAUCUUCCAAACGCCAGACGCCAGCUCUGCAAUCUGCAACUGCUUCUGAUACAGACGAAACCGAUACCUAUGGUAGUUUACGAGCACGAAAUACCACCAAAAAGAAUCGCCGUCGCCAACUAGAAUCCGGCAAUCUCGCUCCGCAAUACCAAGAAAAGAGGUGGAAUAGUCGACGUGCUGCACAAGUCACGACUGGUGCUUACCAAGAAAGUGAUCCCGAUCUUGAGGAUGAAUCUGAAAUGAUGACACCAAAUCAAUGGGCAGAAGAUGUUGAAGAUACCUCGCCAUAUAUCGAUGUCGUCUUGAAGCACAAGAUCAAAGAUGCAAAAGAUGCAAAAGACGAAGAGCUCACCAAGGAUGAUUUUGACUACUACAUCAAGUGGCAGGGCAAGUCGCACUGCCAUGCAACUUGGGAGACCACAGCAUCUUUGGCGGGCGUUCGUGGAUUCAGGCGCCUCGAGAACUACUACCGAAAGAUCGUCCUCGAAGAUAUUUACAUGACACAAGGCGCCGAUAUACCGCCAGAAGAAAAAGAAAAGUGGAUGCUCGAUAGAGAGCGCGACGCAGAUGCUCUAGAGGACUAUACAAAGGUUGAAAGGGUUAUUGGCUCGCGAGAAGGUGAUGAGGAAACAGAGUACUUCAUCAAGUGGAAGGGGCUUUACUACGAAUCUUGCACAUGGGAAACUGCUUCAUUCAUUAGUGAGAAAGCCCAAGAUGCUAUCGACCACUUUUUGGAUCGCAGCUCUAGAUCUUUGGUCUCAGACCGCAAAGAGUCAAAUCCUGAUACCAGAGGUCCCCAUGUUCCAAUUCGUGAACAACCAGAUUACAUCAAGAAUGGGCAAUUGCGGGAUUUCCAAAUCACUGGUGUCAAUUUUUUGGCGUACAAUUGGUGCAGGAACAAGAAUGUUAUUCUCGCUGAUGAGAUGGGACUAGGCAAGACUGUCCAGACUGUGGCAUUUAUGAAUUGGCUCCGCAACGAUAGAUGCCAAGAAGGCCCACAUCUCGUCGUAGUUCCUCUGACUACCAUUCCUGCUUGGGCUGAUACCUUCGAUAACUGGGCUCCGAGUCUCAACUAUGUCGUCUACAAUGGUAAAGAAUCUUCACGCCAGGUCAUCCACUCUACCUUCUUGGCGCAAAUCAAGUGGCAGUUCAUGGCCGUCGAUGAAGCUCAUCGUCUGAAAAACCGUGAAUCUCAGCUAUAUGUAAAACUGCUUGAUUUCAAGGCUCCAAGUCGUUUGCUAAUUACCGGUACCCCGGUUCAAAACACCUUGGGCGAGUUGUCGGCCCUCAUGGACUUUCUCAUGCCAGGUGAAAUGGACAUCGAAGAUGAUAUGGACCUAACUGAUGAAGCUGCCGGUGAAAAAAUCGCAGCACUUACCACCAAAAUCCAGCCAUACAUUCUCCGCCGCACAAAGCAGAAAGUGGAGAAUGACUUACCACCGAAAAGCGAAAAAAUCAUUCGCGUCGAGCUAUCAGACGUUCAGCUGGAUUACUACAAAAAUAUCCUUACUCGCAAUUACGCUGCCUUGAACGAAGGUUCUAAAGGUCAAAAGCAGUCCUUGUUAAACAUCAUGAUGGAACUCAAAAAGGCUAGUAAUCAUCCCUACAUGUUCCCCAAUGCAGAGGAGAAGAUCCUAAAGGGUAGUGAGAGGCGGGACGAUCAGUUGAAGGGCUUGAUUGCCAGCAGUGGGAAGAUGAUGCUUCUUGACAGAUUACUCGCCAAACUAAAGAAGGACAACCAUCGUGUUUUGAUUUUCAGUCAAAUGGUGAAGAUGCUUGAUAUCCUUGGUGACUAUCUUCAACUUCGUGGCUAUCAAUUUCAACGGCUUGAUGGUACUGUUGCUGCGGGCCCAAGACGUCAAGCCAUUGACCAUUUUAAUGCCGAGGAUAGCAAUGACUUCUGCUUUCUUCUCUCCACUCGUGCUGGAGGUCUCGGUAUUAACCUGAUGACCGCUGAUACGGUUGUAAUUUUUGACUCUGAUUGGAAUCCCCAAGCUGAUUUGCAAGCCAUGGCUCGUGCACAUCGUAUUGGACAGAAGAAGCCUGUGAGCAUUUACAGACUUGUCUCGAAGGAAACUGUCGAAGAAGAGAUUCUUGAGCGUGCUCGCAAUAAGUUGAUGCUAGAGUUCAUUACCAUACAACGAGGUGUCACCGAUAAAGAGAAGAAGGAGCUUCGCGAGAAAGCUGCCAAGGCCGGUAAAAUUGAUGAUCCCAAGUCCUCCGAUGAUAUCUCUCGUAUCCUCAAAAAGAGAGGCCAGAAGAUGUUCGAACAAUCUGGAAAUCAGAAAAAGCUUGAAGAGUUAGACAUUGACUCUGUUCUCGAGAAUGCCGAAGAGCACCAGACUGAAGUACCAGAAGGCAUGGUUGCAGACGGUGGCGAAGAUUUCCUUAGGAGUUUCGAAUAUACCGACGUCAAGAUUGACUUGGAAUGGGACGACAUUAUCCCAAAAGAUCAGUUGGAGGGAAUCAAAGCUGAGGAAGAAAAACGAGCUCAUGAGGAAUACCUCGCCAAGGUCGUGGAAGAGAAUGCGCCGCGUAAGGCUGCCAUGAAAAACACGGCUGAGGUCGAGCGAGAGCAACGUCUUGCAAAGAAGCGCGAGCGUGACCAAGCCAAACAAGAAGAGCUCGAGGAAAAGAGAGAAGCUCAAGCAAAUCGUUUGGACCCGAAGCGUCCUCUCAAUGAGAAGGAAACAAGAAACUUGAUGAAAGCUUAUCUUCGAUACGGAUCAAUGGAAGAUCGUGGUGAAGAACUUGUAAAGGAAGCCCGGCUUGUGGGGCGCGAUGAGGAAAUGAUGAAAGCCACAUUGAAAGCCCUUACUGAAGAGAGUAGCAGACGUUUAAAGGAAGAGAACGAAAGGGUCGAAGCACUGGAGCGUGCAACCAAUAAGCCAUUGACCAAGAAGGAUAGAAAGGCAGUUUUGUUUGACUACUCCGGAGUAAAGAGAGUCAAUGCCGAGACUAUCAUGGAACGUCCAGGCGAAAUGAGGAUGCUAAGAGAUGUUGUCGGAAGCACUCCCGAUUUCAAAACGUUUCGCGUCACCGACGCAUCCAAAGGUGCCCACUACUCAUGUGAAUGGGGUGCUAAGGAGGAUGGCAUGCUUCUCGUGGGGAUCCAUAGGCAUGGCUACGGUGCUUGGACCCAGAUCAGAGAUGAUACCGACUUGGGACUUGGAGACAAGUUGUUCCUUGAAGAACAUCGCGUAGACAAGAAAGAAGAACGAAGCAAGGCAGAUGAAAAGGUCGCCAAGGCUCCUGGAGCUGUUCACUUGGUCAGGCGGGCGGACUAUCUACUAUCUGUCUUGAAAGCCAAGUACUCUGAUAAUCAAGCUGCCAAGCGUGCCGUAGAGAACCACCAUCGAAACAACAAGAAGCACGAGCGGAACGGAUCCAGAAGAUCUGAGCCAAGAGGCUCUGUUUCUGCUUCUCCUGCUCCACCAAUCAAGAAAGCAUCUCGACCAUUCGAUCACAAUGGUCGUGAUCGAGAGCGAGAUAGAGCUCGUGGUCACAACGUUAAUGAUUCGCGUGAUUCUCGUCGAGAAAGCGGAGGCUAUGGUUCUUCAACGCCUGGUAUGAAGAGGAAGUAUAGUGAUGGAGACGAUGAGAAACAUCUAGAACGUCGUCCUAAGUACCGCAAGUCCGACAAUGGUGAACCGGAUCAGAACGAAAUGCUCCGUAAACUUUUCAAGCCAAUCAAGGAAAGCCUUCGACGUCUCCAAAAUGGCACAGCCAAAAACAUUCCAAACAAAAAGGAACGUGCUGGGGUUUUGAAAGAGGAGCUGUAUAGUACUGGACUGUUCAUUGACUCUAUCACCGCGCCUAAGAAAGAUGGAUCAGUUGAUAAUAAACUGAAGGAUAGUCUAUGGGAAUAUGUAAUGACCUACUGGCCUAAUCCAGGACAAUCCACACAAGCAGUUGCAUCUAUGUACACGAAAGUCAGGAAGGAAAGGGUAGAGUCAGAGGCUUCAAGAUGA